AUGGUGGGGCAGGUCGAGGGAAAUCAUCAUCUUCCUUGGUUCCGGCUGGCCGUAGUUGAGAGGCGGGGGGGGGGGGGCAGCAGCGUUCGUGCUAAUGCAACAGCCACUGAAACUCUUGGCGCACCCUCUUCUCAAGUGUUUUCUGGGGAUCAAUGGAAGGCACUUGCAAGUUUGUUCGGUAAUAUGACUAUUUCUAGUGAUCGUUUGAGUGGUACAUUUAAUGGUAAUUUGUGGAUUAUUGACAUUGGUGCAUCCAAUCGUAUAACUGGCAAUAUUUCUAUCUUAUUUGAUGUGAAAAAUAUUUUGUGUCCCAUCGGCCUUCCUGACAGAAAGAAGGUUGUAGCAACCAAUGAGGGUUCAGUAAGAUUGUCGGCUGCUAUAACUCUUCAACAUGACCAAACGAAUGAGCUGAUUGGAAUGGGAAGUAAGCAUGAUGGACUCUACUACUUCAAGAAAUCGAUCUCAAUUCAGGCAGUCACAGUUGAUGGAAGGACCUCUUAUUUGAACUCCUCAACAAGAAAAGUCAAGAGAAAACACAAACACCUCUUAAACGUUUCAUGUGCUUUAAGAUUUCAAGCAAAUUUUCCAAUUUACUUUUGGGGAGAAAGUGUUUUGGCAGCCGCACACUUAAUAAAUAGAACCCCAUCUACCAUUCUUGAUAACUUAACUCCCUUUGAAAAGUUGUUUGGUCACACUCCGUCUUAUGAUGCAAUUUGUGUGUUUGGUUCCUUAUGUUUUGCUCACAAUCAACAAUCUAAGGGAGAUAAAUUUGAAAGUCGUAGUCGCAAGUGUAUCUUUGUUGGGUAUCCAUUUGGCAAGAAGGGUUGGAGACUUUAUGAUAUUGACAAGAAUGAAUUUUUUGUAUCACAAGAUGUAAAAUUUUUUGAAGAUACUUUUCCUUUUAGUGAUACAGAGGCUUGCAAUAAUUUUGAGUUGGAUGUGGAUGUUGAUUCAGGUUUUGCGAAAUUUCAAUAUGAAGUCCCUGACAACCAUGACACUACUGCAACCCAACCAACUGUCAAGCCCACUAGUGCUGAGCCCAUCACUACUGAGCUCCUUGUGGUUGAGCCCAUUGCAGCUGGUUCAGCAGACGCAGACCAAGAAGAAUUCGAAACCACAACAAACACGACUCUUGCUGUUUCGGAUGAGGUCUUUGGUUAUAAUGGAAAUACCCCUGCUACUGUUGAUUUAGUUGACAAUGGUUCAGAGGAAGUUCUAGGUCAUGGCAUGAGAACUAAAAUUCCUUCGGUGCUUCUAUAG